UCGACGCAUGUCCAGUGACGUUGCCGGAACGACGGCUUAUAGGAUGCAGCUUUCUGGAAGACAAUGCCUCAGGAAAGUGCAGGCACUGAACUGAAAGAACUGCGUGUUUGGAGCUCAUGAGGAAUAUUUGCGACUGUAAUAAACAGUGAAAUGAUGCUCACAGCCAAUGAGGAAGUACUGUUAUUCUUUAACAUAGAGGAGAUGAGAAAAGUUUUGGAAUUGUAAUUGACACGAGUCGUUCUUCAGUAUGUAACGCUUCAUGAUCUCUGUGAUAUGGAUAAGUAUGAGAAACUGGCUAAGAUCGGCGAGGGCUCAUACGGAGUGGUGUUCAAAUGCAGACACAGGGACACUGGUCAGAUAGUGGCCAUUAAAAAGUUUGUUGAGUCUGAAGAUGACCCGGUCAUCAAGAAGAUCGCACUGAGAGAAAUCCGCAUGCUGAAGCAGCUGAAGCAUGUGAAUCUGGUGAACUUGCUCGAGGUCUUCAGGAGAAAGAGACGCCUUCAUCUGGUCUUUGAGUUCUGUGAGCAAACUGUUCUAAAUGAACUGGACAAACACCCCAGAGGGGUUCCUGAGGCACAACUCAAGAGUAUUCUGUGGCAAACUCUACAGGCCGUGAACUUCUGUCACAAACAGAAUUGUAUCCAUCGGGACGUCAAACCGGAGAACAUUCUUCUGACCAAGACCGGUGUGAUCAAACUAUGUGAUUUUGGCUUUGCUCGCAUCCUCAGUAAGUGUCUUUGCCCCACUCACUCACUCUCUAGCCAUUUAUAUGCAUUUAGGCAGCAUGAAGCCUCACAGGUGCAGUCAGCCAGUCAGGAUCUGCUUACAUGCAUCAUCCUUGGGCUUCAGCUGGAUGUCUGGGCCCUCGGUUGUGUCUUUGCCGAGUUGCUUUCUGGAAAUCCUCUUUGGCCGGGACGUUCUGACGUGGAUCAGCUGCACCUCAUACGACAAACCCUGGGUGACUUGAUCCCACGGCAUCAGCAGGUGUUUCACUCCAAUGUCUUCUUUAGUGGCGUCAGCAUCCCUGAGCCUGAUACCAUGGAGCCACUAGAGAAGAGGUUCCAUGGUGUUUCUCCUCAUGCUAUUACUGUGAUGAAGUCCUGCCUAGUUAUGGAUCCAUCUGGCAGGUUGUCAUGUGAAGAGCUUUUAGAGCUGCCAUACUUCCAGGAGGAUGGGGGAACGGGAUGGGGCAGAGAAACUGAUCGCCUCCCAAGACGUUAUGAGAAAGGCACAAGACGCAGAGCUCCCGCGCCUCAAUACUUUCCCCAGCUGACCAAUAGUAACAUCUCACCAGCACCUGAACUGAAGAAUAAACACAGACACAAACACGACCAUCAUCUUCCCAACAUCUGACCUUGGGACUGGUGCAAAUGUGUUUAGGGCACACAGGUUUUCAGUGGAACGAGCUAAUGCAUGUAUUGCAAACAACAGAGGAUUGCAGAAAUGCUGUUAUAUAGAAGGACUGACAGUGUAAUAUUAGUAAUAUUACUGAAGCAUAGCUAUUUUAAAAGUUAAUGUUGACAGAUAGUCCUGGAAUCUGAUAUUCUGCAUAUACAGUGGCCACAAAAAUAUUUUGACA